AUGGCUCACGCCCUGUAUCAACAGCUCUCACUGGAGGACAGGCCACGUACCAGAAGUUUUAGGACAGUUUUUGCAUGGAUCUCCACCAAAAAGUGUCCGGACGUUUCUGAUACGUUGCCUGAGAAGAAACCUGAAAACAUCCGCAUUCUUCAACUCUCCACGGAUCAGAACGAGCCCCUCAAAGGGCAUCUCAAGGUGGUCAGCCUCGCUUCGAACCCAAGUUACUGCGCGCUCUCGUAUCCUUGGGGUAACAAGUCCAAACCGCCACACGAAAUCCUGUGUUGUGCUCUUGGUGUCCCAGACCCACUCUCGGCACAUAUUGAGAUCACUCCAAACUGCUUCGACGCACUCACGCAGUUGCGCAGAAGCUUGGCUCCUUGUGGGCGACCGCCCAGCGUCAAUAUCUGGGUGGACGCUAUUUGCAUCGACCAAACUAAGGAGGGUGCAAACGAAAAACAGGCUCAGAUGCCGCUGAUGCGGAAGAUAUAUGCAAAUGCCAAGAGGGUAUAUAUCUGGUUGGGUCCCGGAACCGAGAGCUCAGAUCAUGCUAUGGACUGGAUCAAAGAAGCCUCUCUGGGGAAGUUCCCGCUCUUCGGAGUGAUGAAAUUCAAAAACUUUCCGGCAAACAUGAUUUGGCCCAGCGAGCUAGCGAAGUUGAUGCGCGCGUCUCCUGAAUUGAUAAAGGGAGGUAAGUGA